AUGGCACUCUUUGGAUUUGGAUCAAAUAUCAUGGGGCAACUAGCCCACUCAGAAGAGUACAUAUUUGUGGAUAAACCAAUUGAAAUAGAGUUCUUCAGAGACAGAAGGAUCAGAAAGAUGGCUUGUGGAAAGAUGCAUGUUCUGGUGCUAUGUGAAAAUGGUGAAUUGUACAGCUGGGGUGUGAAUGACGAUUACGCCCUGGGACGAGAUGGGGUAGAUGAAGAAGGAAUUAAGAAGGUUGAAACCAAUACGAGAGAUGAAAUAGUCGAUAUCUGUGCUGGAGCAAGUUAUUCGGCAUUUUUGACUAAGAAGGGUCAUGUCUACUUGUGUGGGACAUUCAAGUCUACUAAUGGGGUAUUUGGAUUCAGUUUAAAUAGCAAAUUUGGAAUUGGAUUUAGACAGGUUUCGAACCUGAAGGGUAUUACAAGCAUAGAUGCAGGAAUGAAUCACAUUCUUAUGCUUAGUAAAACAGGAGACAUCUGGUCAAUGGGGGCAAAUGAGUCAUAUCAACUAGGAAGAAAGCAUAGGAUAAGAAGAGAGAAGUAUGUUCUAAUACCAAUGCAAAUAAGCAGUAUCAGGAAUAAGGAAGAGAACUAUAGGUUUAUAAGGGUGGCUGCUGGGGCAUAUCACUCUUUAGGAAUGAAUGAUGGUGGAGAAGUGUUCUCAUGGGGAUCUAAUUGUAAUGGACAGCUUGGAAAUGGGACAUUGGAACCAGGAGACCUGAAAUACAAGUUAGGAAUUCAGAAUGUGGUGGAUGUGGCCUGUGGUUACAAUCACACUCUCAUUAUGCAGAAAGGUGGUGGAAUAUUUGGUUGUGGUGAAAAUGGACAAAAACAGUUUGGAAUUUGUGGGGGGAAUAAGACAUUGAAGAAGCCAACUAAAAUAGCAGAUGGGUUUGAGAGAAUUAGGUCUGGUGGUGACUUCAUAGUGGUUGAGAAGAAGAAUAAGCUCUAUGCAGCAGGAAUAAACGUAGAAUGUGAAUGUGGGCUAGAGAAUAGAAUUGAAGAGGUAUCGAAGCUGACUGAAAUACAGUUUGAUUUUGGUAGAAUUAUAGACUACCAAUGUGGUGGAAACUAUACGUUGAUUUACACUGAAUAA